ACAUCGUUGAGCCAGCCACUGCUGCCCUUACAUAACGGUUCAAAGGAAAACGAGAGGAAGCAACUACAAAAUUGAAUUGGAAGCAGAAAACAGGUAGCGCGGGAAUGGAAACAGGAAGCAGUAGCAAGAAGAAGAAGCAGCAACAGAAACAGCAACACGAUUUAGAUUUAGAGAAAGUUCGGUUAAUCAGUUUAGCUCUUGAAUUCGGCUUCGACGAACACUCCGCUAACCAAUCUUUCGAUCGUCUUCUCGCUCUCUACGGUGACGAUGGUCGUGAUUUUAUCACCGUUGAACAUUGCGGCGAUGAUUUUCUCGCGGCUUUGGCGGAGUCAGCUCCAGACACUGAGGAAUGGGAUGAUCUUCACGAAAUGGAAUCACAAGCUUGUGGAACUUUGAAUCACGUGCUUGAUGAAGGUCUUGCCACGUGCGUUGAUGCUUCCGACUCGUUUAUUGAUAUUGUUGACAAUUCGCCUCAACCUAAGCAACACCGAGCCAAAUUUGUGGAGUUGGGUUCAAGUGACGAUGAGGAUACAAAUUUUCAUCCUCCAAAGUCUGUGGAUGGUAGAAGUGGCAUUACUCAAGGCUCAGUUUCAUCAACUUCCAGAAAAACACACUCCUCCUUUUCUUCAAAUGGUAGAAAUAGUAUUCUCACAUAUGAAGAAUUGCAGGCGCUAGAUGAUAUUGAAUUGGCAAAUAUUGUUAUCUUCGGUAAUAUGACAUUUCGAGCAUUGCAGCAUCAAGCAUGUAAAGUAACUUUGGCAAAACAAGACUCUUUUAUUCUUAUGCCUACUGGGGGUGGUAAAUCUCUUUGCUAUCAGCUUCCAGCAACCCUUCAACCAGGAGUUACGGUAGUUGUAUCUCCCUUACUUUCACUCAUUCAGGAUCAGAUAAUAACACUUAACCUCAAGUUUGGAAUACCUGCUACUUUUUUAAAUUCUCAACAAACUACUUCCCAAGCUGCAGCUGUUCUCCAAGAGCUGAGAAAAGACAAGCCUUCAUGCAAGCUCUUGUAUGUGACACCUGAGAGAAUUGCCGGAAACCAAUCAUUUCUUGGGAUUCUAAAAUGCAUGCAUCAGAAGGGACAGCUAGCAGGUUUUGUUGUUGACGAGGCGCACUGUGUUAGCCAAUGGGGACAUGAUUUCCGGCCUGAUUAUCGGGGAUUAGGAUCUCUCAAGCAAAACUUUCCAGAUGUACCUGUCAUGGCAUUGACUGCCACUGCAACUCACCCAGUUCGCGAGGACAUCUUAAAUGCUUUAAGAAUUCCACAUGCAAUUGUUCUUGAAAGAAGCUUUGACAGACCAAAUUUGAAGUAUGAAGUGAUUGUUAAGACAAAGGAACCACUGAAGCAGCUUGCACAACUACUAGUGGAUCGUUUCAAGAGUCAGUGUGGCAUUGUAUAUUGCCUGUCAAAAAGUGAAUGUGUCGAGGUAUCAAAGUUUUUGACUGAGAAAUGUAAAAUUAAGGCAGCAUAUUACCAUGCUGGCUUGGCUGUCCGCCAGAGAGUUGCUGUUCAAAAGAAAUGGCACGAUGGAGAGGUCCAUAUUGUAUGUGCAACUAUUGCUUUUGGAAUGGGGAUAGACAAACCUGAUGUUCGAUUUGUCAUCCACAAUACAAUGUCAAAAUCAAUUGAAAGUUAUUAUCAAGAAUCGGGAAGAGCUGGAAGAGACAAUCUUCCUGCAGUUUGCAUUGUUCUAUACCAGAAGAAGGAUUUUAGUAGAGUUGUAUGCAUGAUAAGAAACGGCCAAGUAUAUAAAAAGGAGAGUUUUAAGACAGCAAUGGUUCAAGCCAAAAUGAUGCAACAGUAUUGUGAAUUAAAGGUUGAAUGCCGAAGACAAACCUUACUCAAACAUUUCGGAGAAUCAUUCGAUAGAAAGACCUGCAAGUAUGGCUCUAGUCCUUGUGAUAACUGUCUCAAGACUGCAUCGUGAGUUGCUGCAGUUUCAAGUAUGAUAUAUACUCUAUUCUAUCCCGUUCAGUGGACCUUUUUGUUUUAUUUUUAUGGUGGUGUACGUUGAGAAGUUAAAAUAUUUCCCUAGUUUGUUAUUUUUCAGAUCUAAUUUUGAGGUACUAGAAGUAAGUAUAUACAAAAGUAACAAAAUUGAUCAUCCAAGAUUUUGUACUAAAACUUUGAAGAAAGCAGAAAGAGUUAAAUAUGGCACCGCUAUAGAUUCUUUCUUGGCCA